UACUUCCGGGUCGUGUGGUCGUCGGUGUUUGGUGAUGGGCAUGUUUUCACGGUUGUGAUAUAUGUUUGAGCGCGACCAAGCUACAAUCGUUGAAAAAGUAUUUUCUUCAACUGCGGUGUUUUUUCUGUGUUUAUAUCACCACGAUGACUGAGGAUGUCCAGAAGCACUCAGUCCACACACUGGUUUUCAGAUCUCUCAAAAGGACGCACGAUAUGUUUGUGUCCGACCAUGCGAAAACCAUCGCACAGGAUGAUGAAAGCUUCAAGUUAAAGAUGGGUGUGAAACUGAAAGCGGAAUAUGGUGCAGUUUUACACAUGCCUGUCCUGAAGGAAGGGAAAGACAGAGUCUCACUGCUUCCUGGCAGCAUGCAAGGCCACCAGGGCUACACGCAACCAGGGGAUGACCCAGACUACCUGAUCACUGGGACACACGCUUAUCCCUCUGGACCUGGAGUGGCCUUGACUGCUGACACAAAGUUGCACAGGAAUCCAAGUGAGGGAGGUGUCCACUCCAUGGCACUGGCUUUGCCCCCCUCACAGGCCAGGCAGGACGUAAGCCGCACCGCUGCUAGUGUUGGUGACAUCCAUCGGCAUGCAGGAGCAGCGGAGAGGUCUCACCCUCAGUCGUCUGCUGUGUCUCUCUUGGAGGGAGGCGGCACCAGAAAUUCUUCGCUAAUGAGGAAAGCUCCAACCAUGCCUAAACCCCAGUGGCAUCCACCAUGGAAGCUGUUUCGGGUCAUCAGUGGUCACCUUGGCUGGGUGAGGUCCAUCGCUGUGGAGCCUGGGAAUCAGUGGUUUGUCACAGGGUCUGCUGAUAGAACCAUAAAGAUCUGGGACCUGGCCAGUGGGAAACUGAAACUCUCCUUGACUGGACACAUCAGUACAGUGCGAGGUGUGGCGGUCAGCACUCGCAGCCCUUACCUGUUCUCCUGUGGAGAAGACAAGCAGGUCAAGUGUUGGGAUCUGGAGUACAACAAGGUCAUCAGGCACUACCACGGACACCUUAGUGCUGUGUAUGGUAUAGACCUACAUCCAACCAUUGACGUGCUGGUGACGUGCAGCAGAGAUGCCACAGCAAGGGUGUGGGACAUCAGGACAAAAGCGAACGUGCACACACUAACGGGCCACACCAACACUGUUGCCACAGUGAGAUGUCAGGCUGCAGAACCACAGAUCAUCACUGGCAGUCACGAUUCAACCAUCAGACUGUGGGAUUUGAUUGCUGGAAAAACCAGAGCGACUCUGACAAACCACAAGAAGUCUGUCCGAAGUAUUGUGCUGCACCCCAGACAAUACACGUUUGCUUCUGGUUCUGCUGAUAACAUCAAGCAGUGGAUGUUCCCAGAUGGCAACUUCAUCCAGAACUUGUCGGGCCACAACGCCAUUAUCAACACUCUGGCUGUCAACUCUGAUGGCGUGUUGGUGUCUGGAGCUGACAACGGAACCAUCCACAUGUGGGACUGGAGGACAGGCUACAACUUCCAGCGGAUUCAUGCAGCUGUGCAGCCUGGAUCUCUGGACAGCGAGUCCGGCAUCUUUGCUUGCAUGUUCGACAACUCAGAAAGCAGGCUGAUCACCGCUGAGGCUGACAAGACCAUUAAAGUAUACAAAGAAGACGACACUGCCACGGAAGAAAGCCAUCCAAUCAACUGGAAACCAGAAAUCCUCAAGAGAAAAAGAUUCUAAUGAUUUUAUAUUUGUUCCUCUUUAUCACAGUAACGUUUCAUUUUAUUUCUACCAAAUCUCCUGUUGUAGAUAUACGUCAGGUUUUUCUUGCUACUACUUUUUCCAUCAGUCAAACUUCUUCAUAGCUAACGUGUCUAACAGAAGCAACCACAUCCCGAUAUGACGUUCAAUUGUCCCGUUUUAUUCUAAAAACCAUUUGCAGUCGUCGUUGUAUGACAUUAGUCCGGUAAAGUGGCCAUUUUGGAGUGCCAGGAACCUCCCCUGAGUGUUUGUUCUUGAUGAUGACUGCUCUCUGAUGGCUAUGGUGUGUCUGAUCGACCACUCCUUAUAUACAGACGGAUUGGCCUCAGAGUAGACCUGCUUCUGGCUGCAGUGUCGAAUAAAUUGUUUGUGAAAAUUUUUUUUUGUAUUUACUCAACAGAAUUGCCAGUUGUACAGAUGUGGAAACAAACAUUGCCCUUUUUCUGGCUGAAAAUGUGAAGUUUAUUUUGCUCCAUUUAAUAAAGACCACAUUUUUCACA